AACAUGUGGAGACAAAUGACCAUGGAAACAGUUGAACCACAAGAUGGCAGUGCAACAGACUCUAUUACAGAAAGUGAUUCUGUUAAUAUGCAACCUCCAAUCGGCCAAAAUCAGAUCUCCACUAUAGCUCAAGUUUCUGUAGCGGGAUCAACAACUGGAAGAGGAUCUCCCUCUGUAACUGUAGUGCAGUUCCCUUCUGGUCAAACUGUCCACGUACAGGGAGUGAUUCAAGCCACUCAACCAUCAGUUAUUCAGUCACCACAACUGCAAUCUGUUCAGGUAGCACCAGCUACAAAUACAGAUGAAUCUACCGAAACAGAGGUGGUAAUUGAUUCUCAGAAGCGGAGGGAGAUACUUUCAAGGAGGCCUUCGUAUCGAAAAAUUCUGAAUGAGCUUUCUUCUGAUGCACCUGGCGUUGCUAAGAUUGAAGAAGGAAAACCAGAGGAAGAAGGAGCAGCCUCUGGAAUUCCUGCCAUGGCCGUGCCAACCAGCCUUUAUCAGACUAGCACCGGGCAGUACAUUGCUAUAGCCCAAGGUGGAACAAUCCAGAUCUCUAAUCCAGCAUCUGAUGGUGUUCAAGGAUUACAAACAUUAACCAUGACAAAUUCAGGAGCUCCUCAACCUGGUGCCACAAUUGUGCAAUAUGCAGCUCAAACACCUGAUGGCACCCAACAGUUCUUUGUACCUGGGAGUCAGGUUGUUGUCCAAGCGGCUACAGGUGACAUGCCAACUUACCAAAUCCGUACUCCAACCACAGCCUUACCUCAAGGAGUCGUUAUGGCAGCUUCCCCAGGAACACUGCAUAGCCCACAGCAGCUAGCGGAAGAAGCAACACGUAAAAGAGAACUAAGGCUUAUGAAAAAUAGGGAAGCUGCAAAAGAAUGUCGACGAAGGAAGAAAGAAUAUGUGAAAUGUCUGGAGAGUCGUGUUGCAAUGUUAGAAGUUCAAAACAAGAAACUUAUAGAAGAGCUAGAAACUUUAAAAGACAUUUGCUCUUCCAAGACAGAUUAGUGUUGAUACUGAAACUGUGAACUGAGUACAGCAUGUACAAAUGCUUCUGCAGAAAAUGUCUAGUCAAAAGAAUUAUGAUUUUUCCUUUCUAUCAUUUGUAUUCUACUACACCUCUAACAUUCCUGAAACACUCUGCUGCUUUUUUUAGAUUAUUAAAUUAAACUUCACCUCACUUUUUCUCAACCAGAAAGAGUCAAAUGUUUAAGAACACAGUGUGUGUUCCAUGUUUUCAGAGGAAGUAUGUGUAAGAGCUGCUCCUCUACCUAUUGUUUGCAUUUUCUUUAUAUUAAUGUCCCACUUGCACCAUUAUUUUGAAUUGAUCAAAGAUAAUCUAACACAAUAAAAUGAAAACCACCCAAAGUAUCUCAGGAAGAUGUUAUAUAAACAUGUGCGUUGCUAUGACGUAUGUGUAUUAGAAUACUAGUUUACAAAUGAAUUUAUGGCAUAUUUUUGUAUUCAUUGCUUUGUGAAGAAAAUAUUGUAUUGCUGUCACUGAGUGCCAUGGUUGAAACUACUUUAAAUAGAACCAUGUUG